UUGACCCUUCAGCUUCCCUCUAUUUAAAGCUACUGAUUUCUUCACUCUUUUUACAACUCUCCAAGUCCAAUUAUAUCUCAGUCUAUCUCAGUCUCACUUUGAGUUCUUCGAAUUGCUAAAAAUGGAGGACAAAGUGGAGAGGAGAGUGAAUAGUGGUAAAUUGUUUCUGCGAUUUUCAGCCUUUCUGUUUACUCUUGUUGCUGUCAUCCUCGUGGGGCUGAAUAAGCAAACUAAGCUUAUCCCCAUCAAGCUCUUGGCCAAUUUCCCACCGGUUGACGUUCUUGUUACUGCUAAGUGGAAAUACCAGCCUGCCUUUGUAUAUCAUAUGGCGGCAACUGUUAUUGCAUGCUCAUAUGCAGCAGUGUCUCUAUUUGUUUUGAUUGCGAGCAAGGGCGGUGGCAAGAGGGGGUUAGCUUCGAUCAUUCUCAUCCUUGAUCUAGUGAUGGUGGCAUUGCUAUUUUCCAGCAGCAGCGCCGCCGGGGCCGUCGGUGUAUUGGGUUACACGGGAAAUUCACAUGUGCAAUGGCAUGAAGUUUGCAGUGCUUUUGGGAAAUUUUGUGGGCAAGCUGCCGCUGCAGUUGUCUUGUCUUUAUUUGGUGCAGUGGCGUUUCUCUUUCUGGUUGCCUUCAAAGCUUUGGAAGCUCACAGCAACAUUCCCAACUAGAAACUUUCAACACCAUGGAAGCUUCAUUUGUUGGAGAACUUGUCCUAUUUCUGCCUAGUAGGGACCUCAAUCUGGUUUAGUUUCUAUUUUCAAAUGAAUUGUAAUUGUUGUCCCAGUUCUUGGGCUGUGAAUUGAAGGGGAAAAUCUGUGGGAUGACAUUAUCAAACCUAUAUGUGUACAAGUGCACUCCUAAAUUAAUAAAACAAAAGCAGUUUAGAAGCCUUAUGUAA